CACGCACAGCAGUCUCGCACGUCCCUCUGAAGAUCCUCUCCCUGCUUUCUCUCUUCUGUUGUGCUGAUUCGCCAAGAGGGAUGCACGAAUUGUGAUGGUUGUGCUAGGAAAAUACACUCCGAUCGGCUGCUGUUUGCCGUUGAAUCAAGAGUUCAGGUCUCUGACCUAUCAGAGCGUGGAGCCAGAUGUUUCAUGCUUGUAGUCACGCUGUCGAGUGAUCACGAGUUACGAGUACAUGUGGCUUUGUACAUGUUACCAGGCACACCUCCCGACUUUCUACUCAUCAACAUAACCAUCGUCUAACGCCCUCUCAUACGUCUUGGUCCCAGCAAGUUUGUGUAAGGAUUUGCUACUAUUCUCGCACCGAUUCACGAUCCAACUCGCCAACAUGGCCUCACAACAACAAGAUGACCGUAUGCGGUCCGAGGCGGAUGCUGCGCUGCGUGAACACAGUCACCUCAACUGUGACGGUUUCGAGAGCAGCAAGGUGUUUGCGCUAACAUCGGCCAUCCUAGCAUCACCAAAGCCGGGAGGCAUGACUCGGUCACGUCUGAUCAGAAACAUCAACGCGAUCUUCCUAUUCAUUGUGCACCCGACAACACCCCUGGACGCUAGUAACCCCCGGACGAAGCCCACAAAGUCGUCGAGCGGAGGGGCUCUGCGGCCUGCACUCUGGCACGUCGACAUGAGGCGCUCUGGGCAGAUUGGAAAAGGACAACCACCUACUACUCUGUUGGGUCGAAAGCGAAGGGCAGACAUUGUGGUGGAGUGCCGCGAUCGCGACCUCGUGGACCUCGCUACUGGCAAGCUCCAUCCCGCGAAGCUUUACAACGGCGGUAGGCUCAAGAUUAAAGGAGACCUCGAUCGCGCUCUCCGCAUGGCCACAGUUCUCAGUCACGAGCGCAGCAAGAUCUUUGGUGCCCCACCUGUUCCUUUGACCGAUCCAAACUUUGGUGUCCAGGACGCUCAUCAGGGCUCUGUGCUCAAUGGCCAAGCAGACUACUCUGAUGGCGCUCCAGCCCCAUUUUCGGACGUCAACCCACCUCGUUCGAGACUCUGAAUGGGUCUGCAAUGCUGUUGCUACAGUCAUAUUUGGAAUGGGCUCUUCGAGCUUACAUGUCGGUCUGCGAAUGCCCAGACUCGUGUUCCUUUGUCAUGAGCGCCGCCCUCUCUUCUGACUACCGCUUCGUGAAAUGGAUGCAUUGGUCACAGCCUCG